AUGAAGCCCUCACCCAGCGAGGGGCAGGUGGACACAGAGAGGGUGGCUGGAAGGGUUGAUGCUCUGAAGGCCCCGGCAGCAGGCCCACCCGAUCCUGUCACCAAGCUGUGGCCGCGGCACAUGAGCCAAGCAGUGCAGCAGCAGCAGAAAGGCUUGUCAGCCACUGGCACCGCUGAGCCAGCGGGUAGGAGCGGGAAUUUGAAGGACAGAUUUCCUGCGUACUUUGAGGCCUAUGGCUACAAGUGA